UCCCAUGGAAGGGAAUUGGUCCAGAACAGGACGGAUCUCUGGAGCCGCGGCUCUCAUGAAGCAUCUACACUUGGCCGGUAUAAAAGAAUGGGACUGAAGUUAGUAGGAGAAUAGGUUCUCUGUGUCCUACAAUCCUCUAACACACUGACUGCUGUUUGCAAUGGCUCUCCGGACUGCUGUCUUAGAACCAUCCUCCGCGUUCUUCGUUUCCAAGAAGGGUCCGAGGGAGACAUUCACCUCGAGCUCUGCUUCAGUUAUCUCAAAUGUCAAUACCCUCCUCGCACCACUGACUCGGACUGAGGUUGGUGCUUGUUGGGAGCUCUGCCGUCUUCAAAACGGUAUGGGAUGUGCGACAGUACUCCUUCCAGUGGCAUGGUCUUUAGCAAUGGUGUAUCACGCGUACCCUCAGCUUACCGGACUAGAAUGCCUUAACCGGGCCGCCGUUUACUUUUUUCUUUGCAUCGGCAUAAAAUGUUUGAUCAUGACCAUUGACGAUAUCCUCGACUAUGAUAUCGAUGCAAAAGUCGAGCGUACGAAGAACCGGCCACUUCCUAGAGGUGCUAUAAGCAUUGAGCGUGCCUGGUUGUUCUUCGCUCUCCAAGCCGUGAUUGGUGUCUUUUUGGCAUACAAGGUUCUGAGCCCUGACGCUCGACGCAUAUCCAUGUAUGUGUGGCCGUUGUACGUGCUGUACCCCACUUGCAAGCGCUGGAUGUACUUCGCCCCCAUUCCUCUGGGCUUGAUGUUCAACAUCGGCAUCUACAUGGGAUGGGCUGAUCUCACACCGGACGGAAGGAUCCCGUACUACAGCCUCACUGCAGCAUACUUCGGUGCUACGAUGUGGACCAUCACAUACGAGACCGUGUAUCAACAUCAGGACAAGGUAGACGACGUCAAGAUUGGUAUGAAGUCGCUUGCCAUCCUAUGCGGCAAGUACACCAUCCUAAUUUGUUCCGCUACCACCUUUGGAUUUGCGACUUUGAUGACAUUGGCUGGUUAUCUGAACGGCCAAGGCAUUGCCUAUUAUAUCGCUAUCGCUAUGUCUGCCUUUGUCAUACUGAAGGAACUUGCCGUCACAGACAUUGACGAGCCUAGGGAGUGCAUGAAGUUUUUCUUGCGAACGCCGGCCAUUGGUAAUUUGAUUCUUGCUGGAUUGGUCAUUGAUGUUGGAGUUCAGCGUGUCCUUGCGGGAAUCUCUCUUUGAUAUAUACAGAACUAUGCUUUUAAAUUAACAUCAUUUAUCCAUUUUUAUCGAGUCCGUCAAGUACAAUGUCAAGGCG